AUGUUACCCCAGUUCGACAUGAUUGUUGCCCCCGCAGUGAGCACCAAGGACGGGGCGGCUUUUGAACAUGAGGCCGAGGAAAAGAUCGACCUGGAGCACGUGGAGGUCAGCGAUGACCCAAAGCGAGGAGACGGACACGAAGUGCCGGUAUCGCCAUUCAAGGACAUGCCACGCAGCAAGGCACUUCGAGUCUUCUGGAAAGCCACUGCAUUUUGUAUUCUUGUGGCCUGGGCCGCCAUCAUGGACGGCUUCUUGAUUUCCAUCCCCGGGUCCAUCGUCGCCAACAAAUACUUCAUCAAGCAAUUCUGCACUGUCUCCGAAAGUGGCUCAUGCCAGCUCGAUGCGGUCUAUGUCGGUGCUUUCACCGGUGUGCAGUCUGUGGGCCAGAUCAUCGGCAUGAUGUCCGGUCCCAUCACGGCGGACAUGUUUGGCCGUCGCUUCAACCUCGCCCUCUUGACUGUCAUACUUACAAUUGGCGUCGCGCUCGAGCUGGUUGCGAAGACUAACCCAGUGUGGCUCGUCGCCCGGCUGUUCGCCGGUUGGGGCACGGGUAUGGUGCAAACUGGUGUCCCCGUGUAUAUUUCAGAAAUUGCCCCUCAUAUGCUCCGGGGUGGUCUCAUCGCUACGUACAAUUUUUGGUUCGGCGUUGGCCAGUUUGCAGGGGCAAUCGCCUUGCAGGUUGCGGUCAAUCAGAUGGGCUAUAAGGGUCCUAUUUAUGCUCAAUUCGUCUUUAUCGGGGUGAUGGUUAUCAGUUUCCCAUUCAUCCCAGAGACGCCUUGGUUCUAUUUAAAUAAGAACCAGCCCGAGAAAGCCAAAGCAGCUCUCAAGAAGAUUUACGGCGCUGUCGACGGCUAUGACGUCGAUCUCGAGUACCGCGUCCUCAACUAUGAGCGUGAGCAGCAGAAUGCCUCGGCGGGCCAAACCAAGACGGCCAGCUACAAGAUGCUUUUCCAGGGCGCCAACCUGCGUCGUACUUGGGUCUCUUGGUUGCCUUUGCAGUUCCAAGGCCUUGGCGGACUGUCCUUCGUUCUGUCUUACACCACCUACUUUUUCCAACUCGCCGGUGUUGCCAACCCCUUCCUCGGCAAUGUCAUUGUCAAGUGCAUCCAGCUCACCGCCCAACUCGUCUCCUUCUACAACAUUGAGCGUUUUGGUCGCCGUCGUCUUCUCCUUGUUGGCGGUGCAGGCAUGACGAUCAUGUGUCUCGCCAUCGCUAUUGUUGGCACACCCAAGUGGACGCCGCCCGGAGGAUUGGUCGUGGCGUUUUUCUGCAUGUGGACUUGGUGCUAUUCAAGCAGCUGCGCGCCCAUCGGAUACGUCUAUCUGGCUGAGAUUGCGACACCCCGCCUGCGUGCAAAGACAGCCGGGUUUGCGGCCUCAAUUACUGCCUGCUUCGGAAUCGUCACCAAUUUUGUGACACCUAUUCUUUUGUCCGAACAAAAGGCCGGCUGGUCGUACAAGACUGUUCCGGAGGUGGCUGGCCGCUCGUACGAGGAGAUUGACGAGCUCUUCGAGAACAAGACGCCAACUCGAAUGUUCCGUUUGGCCAAGACGGAGGUCCAACUUGAACGGGAACGCGACACAGCGGCGAAUUAG